AGAGGGCCAGGAGACCUGGACUCGCUCAGAGGACUAAUGCAGCUGGACAGGCACUUCUUACCACCAGCCGCUCCGGUCAUGUUCAACUACCUGUCAGGAGAGGCGAGGCCGCAGUUCCAGCGCAGCUAUGGGGGCCAGCAAGCGCUGUCCGGGCCGCUGAAGAGCCGCCUGGAGCAGCUGAAGAAGCCGUGUUGGUGGGAGCCCACCCCGCUGGUGCUCCAGCACAGCGAGACAGCCAGGCUUGCCAUAGACGCCUUCCUUGAGCAGGGGGAGCGGGGAUACCUGAGCGCCAUUGCGGAGGAGCGGGAGCUGCCCCUUCUUUCCAGCCUGGAUAUGGAAUAUAUAAGCCAUCAGAGAAACCAAAGCUUUCCAGAUCCCAGUGCGACAAAAGACCAAGAGGCUGACCCUGGCAAUGGAGACAGUGGAGACAGGUCUUCCCUCAACUCUGAACUAACAUCUGGCACCUAUUUUCCACUCAUGUCGGAUGUGCACCCUCCAGAGCUGGAGCUGGGGUGGCCAGUGGUGCCGCUCCGCACGGUGUCUGGCCAGACUCAAGCCACUGUGAUUUUCCAGAGAAACAAAGUGAACAGCAUUAAGGAUUUGCUCCGGUCUCUGAUCAGCCGGGCACGGACGGUGAUAGCAAUUGUGAUGGAUCUGUUUACAGACAUGGAAAUACUGUGUGACCUGCUGGAGGCCUCAAGCAGACGGCACGUCCCCGUUUACCUGAUCCUGGAUGAAGAGUACUUGAAGCAUUUUGUGGAAAUGUGCAAUAAAAUGGCUCUUACUCAGGACAACUUCCCAAACAUGCGCAUAAGAUGUCUGAGUGGAGACACCUACUACAGCAAAGCAGGCAAGAAGUUUACUGGCCAGGUUCUGGAGAAGUUUAUCCUGAUUGAUUGUGACCAAGUUCUUGCUGGUACAUACAGUUUCACCUGGCUUUGCAGCCAAGUCCACACGUGCCUGAUGACCCAUUUCCGUGGUCAAAUUGUUGCAGAGUUUGACAAGGAAUUCCAGUACUUGUAUGCGGAGUCCAGAGCAGUGACCAGCUUCUGUCUGCCGGAUCCUGCAACCUGCCCCUCUUCUCAGGACUCUUCAAAAGCUGCCAACUCCCUUUUAAAACCCGCACAGGCAAAUGAUGCUGAAACCUCAACCCCCUCCAGCAGCCUGUCCAAUGUAAGCAUCAGAAGCAUCAAAAUGUCUCCCUUUCUCAAAAACUCCAGCUGCAAUGCGCACCAGGAAAAGCAAGAUUCAAGCUCUGAUUCUGGUAAUAAGAAGGAAGACACAUCUCUGAAGCCCACUUGCCCUAAGCAGCAAGGAGAACCACCAGACUCACCAAACAGUCCUCCAAACAAACCCAAUCACAAAUCCAGUCUCACCGCAGCAAGGACAUUCUUGCAGCCAGAGCCUUCCCCUGCCCUGGGCUCCAAUAAACCGAGUUACGAAGAGGAUGGUAAAGCUACCAGCAGCCACUGCUCCCCACUAGGACAGGAGGAGGCAUUGCAGUCCCUUUCGGAGGGUGCCACUAGCAACGGGACCAGUGUGAACCAGAAAGGCCCAUCUGCUGCCCCCAGGGAACCGACACCCGAAAAUGACGCUUUUGGUGGGAUGGAGAAAAGACAGAGUCCCAGACAAGGGAAGUUGGACCUGCUGUCCCCAUACAACCAGCUGAAACGAGAUAAAAAGCCUGUAGUUCCUUGCUAUGAUAAACUCACUGAGGACAUGCUGGUGGAAAAGAACAGUGCGUAUGGGGCUGAGAAAAGACUGACUCUCGGGCACAGUAAGCUGGAUCUGAUCACCAAGUACAACAAGUUGAAAUCUAAACAUAUACACAGUCGGUUCGAACUCUGACCUGGGCCUCAAGAUGUCCUUUGGUCUUAUUUUCAAGUGGCUGCUUUUCCCCACCAAUCAUCAUACCUGGGGCUUGAAAUCAAAACACGGGUGGCAAAUUGCUCUUGUUCCUAUUAAAAGGUGUCUGUUCUGUUUCUAAUAUAUGCAGAUGACUGAUUCAGAUUAAAUUAGCAAGUACAGUUCAGUUUUUCAAUUACAGGAGAGAGAAAAUGAUAUAAACAUAAUCCAUACUUCCUUGUUCUUUUUGCCCUUUUUGCCCAAAACUUAGAGCAAAGCUCUUGCUACAGCUGCAAGUGGCUCGGCCAAUGCGGUCAGCAGCGAUUCCUCUCCCUGUAGCCAUGUGCUGAAAAUGAAAUGGUCAAAUGCAGGGUAACACUGCUCAAAAUAAAGUAGCUGUUCUGCUGGAAA